AUGUUUCCUAUUAAGUUUUUCUUUGCCUCUGUCCUGUUAGUAGGAGCAAGUGCUAUGCACAUUCAAUGGGAACAUGAGCCGGUUGAAAUAAGUGAACAGCAAGAUUAUCCAAUAAAUGAUGUCGACCAGGACUUUGAGUACCAACAUCCCAGCUACGUAGCAAGAUCUAGGGCACGUCGUCAAGCUCAAGGCAGUCUCACUUUCAACGGUGAUGGAAGUGCCGGACUGGGUGCCAAGGUGCCACUUGUAACGAUAGGAAUGUUUUGA